UUUAUAUUUUCUAAAUACCAAAUGCACAUUGCACCAGAGUGUGUGUGUGUGUGUGAUUGAUUGGCAGACGCGCUGUAAACUCAUUCCGCGCAGUGCGUGCGCUCGCUCGCUCUCGCGAGGUGGGGGUGCGCGGCGAGGGGAGGAAACGCCAGACAGACGCGAGCGGAGCGGAAAGGAGCUGCAGGGAGUCGAGCGCUGAACGCCGGGCGGCUCGGAGGUCUGUGAUCGCGGUUCUGCUCGCUCGAAACGGAGCGCACCGGAUUGUCACGCGCUCGCUGGCUGGAGGAACGGAAAGCGCCGCCGGUGCGCGUGCACAAUUCACCGAGGGUUACCGAGCAGAAAGAGACGGAACGGAACGGAGGAAUGGUAGAUAACAGCGGCAGCAGCAAAACACAGAUGGAGGCCGGAUUGGCGGGUGGCUUGAAGCUGGAGGCCAUGAUGGAGCAGCUGCAGCGGCAGCAGCAGGCGCGUCUGGAGAUGGAGCACAAGGAGCGGAGGCUGCGUGAAGCUCACAUCAUGUACGCGCAGCAGGUCGCGGCUCAGCAGGCCAUUCUGGCCGCCGCAAGGGCUUCUGGGGCUGGAUUCAUGAGCGGCGGACAGCUGUCUCUGGUCUCCAAUCAGAGCAGCAUGGACUCUGAACACGAGGAGGAGCGAGGCCGGGAUUCGGAUGAUGAUGAUGAUGAUGAUGAUGAGAUGAUGGAGGGCGAUGAAGGCAGUGAGGAAGACGACAGGCCGCCGUCCGGGCUGGAGUUCCUCAGGAAGCAGACGCUGGCGCUGCAGCAGGGAGCCGUACAUCUGCCUGGACGCCCCAUCGCGAGCUUCUCGGACCCCACCAAAAGAGCCCCGUCGCCCGCCGUCAGGGUCAAACAGGAACCUGAGGACGAUCUCUCGCCCGUCGGCCGGCCAUCGGCGUCUUCUCCUAACGGCCAAGCGGAUUGGAGCUACGACGAUCAUUUUAAAGCGAACGGCGGCGUGUCCUGGCCGGAUGAUGUGGAUGGCGCUCGUGGGAGAGGAGAAGCCUCCAGAGAUUUCGCCAAGUUAUAUGAGCUGGAUAACGACCCGCACAGGAAGGAGUUCCUCGACGACCUUUUCACCUUCAUGCAGAAACGAGGGACUCCGGUGAACAGGAUCCCCAUCAUGGCGAAGCAGGUUCUGGAUCUGUACAUGCUGUAUAAGCUGGUGACGGAGAAGGGCGGGCUGGUGGAGGUCAUCAACAAGAAGAUCUGGAGAGAGAUUACCAAGGGUCUGAACCUGCCCACCUCCAUCACCAGCGCCGCCUUCACGCUCCGCACACAGUAUAUGAAGUAUCUGUACCCGUACGAGUGCGAGCGGAAGGCGUUGAGUUCUCCCAGUGAGCUGCAGGCCGCCAUCGACAGCAACCGGCGUGAAGGUCGUCGGCCCAGUUACAGCAACAGCCUGUUCCGAUUUAGCCCCUCCCCCGGCUCCGCCCCUCACAUCCUGUCCCCUCCCAAGAUGCACCUGUCGGCACUGGGUGCCGGGGCCAUGGGGGCCCUGAACGGAUUCCAGGCGUCCGCCGGGCCGUCUCUGAAGAAGGGACUGGAGGACGCCGUCCCGUCUCUGUUGGCGGGCCGCUCGUCCUCCUUUGCGCUGGCGUUGGGGCAGCAGCAGGUGGCGGGUCUGGCGCGGGCCGCCACACUGGAGCAGCUCAGAGAGAAGCUGGAGACGGAAGCGCCGGAGAGGAAGAUGGCCCGUCUGGCUGAAGAGCAGCAGAGACUCAUGCAGCAGGCCUUCCAGCACAACCUGAUCGCCAUGGCCUCGCAGAUGCCCAUGAACCUGCGCCUGGGAGCUCCGGCCAGGGAAGAGAAGCAGGAUCUGGCCAUGAGUAUCUCCUCCACCGGAGCAGCGAGUAUCAGCGUGUCAGUGGAAGUGAACGGCAUCAUUUACUCAGGAACUCUGUUCGCCCAGAAGUCGGCGGCUGCAGCUGCAGAUGUGAAUGCGUCUGCCGCGGCUCACGCACCUCCAGCUGGACCCAGUGGGCUGUUCACGUUCUCUAGCUCCGCCCCCAGCCAAAGCCCCACCUCUUCCUCCUCUUCCAAGGAGCGGAGCUCAGCGGAGCCAUCCACCAGCGGCUCCCCGUAACCCGAGCCGAACGCCACCUGCCGCCCAGCUCUGUGCUGGACAUGAAAAUCAAUGGAUGAAAAUCAAACUGUUGCACAACCAGUACCUCAUUCUCUCCUGUCGACAUCGGCUGUCCACAUGUUUGGAAACAUAUUUGCGGUUUUCGCACAAGUACAUGGACACAUAUGCAUAAAAUAACAUGGCUGGACCUCAUUCAGGAAUCACAAGUGAACCGUUCAAAAACACUCUUACUGAAUCUAAAAUGUCUCAAAAUUAAUACAAUGCAACGUAAGAAUGGAUUUAUGAACGAUUCAUAUAGAAAUUUGCACUUGUGUUUCACGAACGACGUCCGGCGUGUUUAAGAAAACGCUAAAUACAAUCAGAACGUUCAGCCAAACGACGGACAGGUUUUACAGAACUUGAAGAUUUUUAUUUAGAGUGUGUUUCGAUCUGUCUUCUGAUUAUGUUUCGUGACUUUUAUUCUGAAUGAACUUUUUCUCUCAAGGUUCCUCAUUUUACCUUCAUACCUCAAACAUUCAGUGGUGGAACGUUACGGGAAUGUCUUUUACCUCAGGAUCUGUAGUUUAGACCUUUUCUGAAUUGAGUUUUUUUGUUUUUUUUUUAGAAUCGAUUUGAAUUCGUCAGAAUCAGAAAUGCUGACGUGAUUUUAGGACGGGACCUCACUGAUUCUCUUCUAUGCAUUAGCCUCCCUGCGCACCCGCUCGCGGUCCGAACGCCCGUCUGGACCUGAAGACGUGAUCGCUAGGGAAGAGGAAUUCCCGGAAUCUUAUAAGGUUCUUGGAAAUGUGUCUGCUCAAACGUUUGAUGAUGUCAGAGCCCGUCUGUCUCUCAGAACAACUGUCAAAUACCUCAGAAACCAGCUGAAUGUGUCAGUAGAUGUUUGAACGAGCGAUCGGCCCGCUAUGGGAUCUGCUCCUACGUUUAUUUCAUCUGGAUCUCAGGGCAAGUUUUGAAUAUAGGUUUCAUGAGAUUCACCCAUGAAUGGUGUGAUGAAGUUCUCGGCGUAACCAUCAAAUCAUUCCACGACCAAAGCAGAAGCUCCAGAGCAAAGUCCAGACGCUCCGGUCAGAUGAACGUCUGGAUCUCUGCAUGAACAUCAUCCUCUUUUAUCCACACUGACGCUUCAGGGCCUGAUGUUUGUGUCCAAUCUCACAUUUUUGCUUUCCGUAACAGGAAGGCGUCUCUCUCAGGAAGUACUGUGAUGUUUUUAAGUGAACUCUCAUUAUUUUUAAGAUGAUAUGAAUAUAAUCACUCAUGAAUGCACGGGAGCGUUGUUGUGAAGUGUGGAGAUUUACACUACAUACCUCAUGCUGCCAUUACGACGGGAAGCAAACGCGCUCCCCGGAUACUGCGCAGAAUCUGGAAUGCUGGACGUGAAUCCCUCGAUUCUUCUUUCUUUUUGUGUCUUUUUUUCUUGUGGCAAAACCAAACAAACAUGAACUGUUGCAUUUGUACAAUCAGGUGGCCAAACCUGCUCACCUUAACCAAACUAACUGCCUUCAGUUCCUGCACAGCUAGAUACCAAAGACCAGCCCGCUGCUCCUAAACACACAUGACAUCGGCCUCACAGGUCAAAGGUCACCCGCGCUCCGCAUUAUAUGCAUUUAUUGAUGCUAUUUUCAGAAGUGAGUGUUUCAAUGUUAUGAACGUUUGUGAUUGACUCCUAGAAGAUCUUCAGCUCGAGUCUGUAUUAUUAUGAUGUAACGGGUGACCAGGGAAUGACCGGUCAGAUGUUUCUGUCUGGUCUGGAAGAGGUUUGAAGGCCAUAUUGAUGUGCUUUCUCUCUAUUCUCAGGACAUUGAUUCUUCUGUUCCAGCUCUGAUUCUCCAUGUUUGCUGCAGCUCUUCUUCUGUUUGAACUGGAUUAAAAACAUUGUGCAGA